AACGGGCCGAUCGCUGGGGUGACAGCCUGGCGCGGGGGUCGCGCGCCUGGCUCGCGCCGCCGGUUUGAACCGGCUUCGCCUCUCCCACGCGGGGUUCGCGUGGCGGUAGCGCCUAGCGACCUAGACACUGGCCAAUGGUGCGGCAGUUCCUGUGCGGCCCCGCCAAUGAGCGCGCCGUGGGCGGGCCGUUCCGGGGCCUCCCAGCGCUGAUCUUGUGGUUGAAGGAGCGAGCUCCAGGGAAGGGUCGCGAGCGCGGGCGGGCGGGCGCCUGUCAGGGUCCCUGGGAGUGGCAGCUCUCAGGUGUGCCCCUGCUCAGGUGACCUCCCCGCGGACUGCCUCCCUUCCCGGCCGCCAGCCUCGCCUGGUGUCAGGACCACCUCCGCGUCCUUGAGCACGCGUUAGUCCCUUUCCCAGUGCCAUGCCUCAGUUUACCUCCGAGUGAAGUGAGGGAGAAGCUCUCCACUUGGCCAGCGGGGCCCUGCUGGGGCCGGAGGUAGCGGUACCUGCCAGUAGGGGUGGCCCAGGUGUCUGCAGAGCCGAGCCAGCGCUGCCGCACCGCCAUGGCGCCCACCCUGGCCACUGCCCAUCGGCGCCGCUGGUGGAUGGCCUGCACCGCUGUGCUGGAGAACCUCCUCUUCUCGGCAGUCCUCCUGGGCUGGGGCUCGCUGCUCAUCAUGCUCAAGUCGGAGGGCUUCUACUCCUACCUGUGUACCAAGCCAGAAAACGUCACGAACGGCACAGUUGGGAGCACUGCAGAGCCAGAGCAUGAGGAGGUGAGCCUGGUGAAUGGCUGGCUCAGCUGUAAGGCCCAGGAUGAGAUCCUGAACUUGGCGUUCACCGUGGGCUCCUUCCUGCUCAGCGCCAUCACCCUGCCCCUGGGCAUCAUCAUGGACAAGUAUGGUCCACGGAAACUCAGGCUGCUGGGCAGUGCCUGCUUUGCCGUCUCCUGCUUGCUGAUUGCAUAUGGAGCAAGUAGCCCAGACUCGCUCUCCGUGCUCAUCUUCAUUGCCUUGGCUCUGAACGGCUUUGGGGGGAUGUGCAUGACGUUCACCUCGCUAACACUGCCCAAUAUGUUCGGUGACCUUCGGUCCACAUUUAUUGCCUUGAUGAUUGGAUCCUACGCUUCCUCGGCGGUUACCUUCCCAGGAAUCAAGCUAAUCUAUGAUGCUGGUGCCUCCUUCAUUGUCAUCCUGGUGGUCUGGGCCGGCUGCUCUGGCCUGGUUUUCCUCAACUGUUUCUUCAACUGGCCACUUGAGCCCUUCCCAGGCCCAGAAGACAUGGACUACACGGUGAAGAUCAAGUUCAGCUGGCUGGGCUUUGACCACAAGAUCACAGGGAAGCAGUUCUACAAGCAGGUGACCACAGUGGGGCGCCGCCUGAGCGUGGGCAGCUCCAUGAGGAGCACCAAGGAGCAAGCUGCCCUGCAGGAGGGCCACAAGCUGUGCCUCUCCACUGUUGACCUGGAGGUGAAGUGCCAGCCUGAUGCUGCAGCUGCCCCCUCAUUCAUGCACAGCGUGUUCAGCCCCAUCCUGCUGCUCAGCCUGGUCACCAUGUGUGUCACCCAGCUACGGCUCAUCUUCUACAUGGGGGCCAUGAACAGCAUCCUUGAAUUCCUGGUCAGCGGAGACCAGAAGACAGUUGCCCUUUAUACGUCCAUCUUCGGUGCACUCCAGCUGCUCUGCCUGCUGACCGCGCCUGUCAUCGGCUACAUCAUGGACUGGAGGCUGAAGGAGUGUGAAGAGACCUCUGAGGAGCCUGAGGAGAAGGACGCUGCUCAAGGGGAGAAGAAGCCCAGACGAGACAGGCAGAUUCAGAAAGUCACUAACGCCAUGCGCGCCUUUGCCUUCACAAACGUGCUGCUUGUGGGCUUUGGGGUCACCUGCCUCAUUCCUAAUCUGCCUCUACAGAUCUUCUCCUUCGUCCUGCACACAAUUGUGCGAGGAUUCAUCCACUCUGCCGUAGGGGGCCUAUAUGCUGCUGUGUACCCCUCCACACAGUUUGGUAGCCUCACAGGACUGCAGUCUUUGGUCAGCGCACUCUUUGCUCUCCUGCAGCAGCCGCUGUUUCUGGCCAUGAUGGGUCCUCUUGGAGGAGACCCUCUGUGGGUGAACGUGGGUCUGCUCAUCAUGAGCAUGCUGGGCUUCUGCCUGCCACUUUACCUGAUCUGCUACCGGCGGCAGCUGGAGAGGCAGCUUCAACAGAAGAGGGAAGACAGCAAGCUGUUCCUUAAGAUCAACGGCUCCUCCAACCGGGAGGCUUUCGUGUAGUGCCCGCCGCCUCAGCUGUGGCCUCCUGCCUGAGCUUCAGUGACUGAGUGCUGUCAUCUCCCCACCCCAGAGGAUCCCGUGAGCUCCCUGGAUCCUGCCCUUUGCUACACUGGAGCCCGUACUUCCUCACAAAGCCCUGGCCCCCGGCUGUGAAGUGCUGGUGUGGGGGGACAGGAGAGGGCCCAGGACAGUGAACCUCCCACUGCCAGAAGCUGGGCUGCCCUAGCCUAGCUGUCACCCCAGGGGCUCUGGGAUCUUGGCUCUCCAUGGAGCUUAUACCUGGAGCCAAGGUGACCCCCCCACCCCCCGUCAAGCAGGCUCUCUCACUGAUCUGGAUUCUGCCUCUUGCCAAAGCGGAGGGGCCGCCAUCCUCUGACCACACGACCUGUCCCUGAGCUGCAUGUCCACCGACCACGCCUACCUGAAGACAAAGGCUUGCACUGUCUGCGCUCCCCUUGCUUGGCCCCUCACCUCCCCAGGCCAGUCUGGCUGCCUGAGGAAGGAAGGACCCGCUUCCUGUUGUUGGUGCUAUCCCCUUUGUAAUCCCAGCGCCCACCCCACCCCACCCCACCGCCUGGUCUUUUCCUUGAAGGCCUGUGGAGAAGCCCCACUGUCUGAGGCUGGGGAAGGGAUGGAGGGCAGAAUAUUAACACAAGGCCUCAAGAGCCGUGGGCAAGGCUUCCUCAGAGUAGCAAGUACAUCUCUACUGCCACCCUUGUUCCAGCCUACAACCUGCAGGGAACUUAGGGGACACCACAAGGGCACCCUUCCACCCACACACACAGCUGUUUUCUGGGGUGGGAACAAGGUCGGGAGUGGUAGGUGUGAAGCGCCAAGCCCAAGUAGGGAAGAGGAUUAGUGAGUAACCAAGGGGUGUGUGUUUAUGUGGUGAGUGUGUGCGUGUGUGUUUACGGUAGGGAGCUUAGCCCAGGGGCUGCCUGUACCAGUGGACCAGACCAGAGGCCAGCCAAGCCUACCCAGUCAGCCUUGCUUUCUGAUGGAGCUCUGUGCUUGGCCGUGUGGUUGCAGCGCCCCCUGCUGGCAGACUGCAUUCAGGGCCCUGGAGCUGUUCUUGUGGGAGAAGCCUAGCAGGCCUGCCUGGCUCAAUAGCCCACUCACCUUAAUGGCCCCUAGAACCCCUGUCUGAGACCUCUUGGGGUGCCAAGAGGGGUGAGUUGGUUUUUAAGUCUAUGGUUUCCUCUUUAAUUUUCAUCAGAAUUCUUUUUAUGAAGCAAUAAAUCCAUUUUUCUGUUGGUAACGGAUGCCCCCUCCUCACACACCAGUUGACUACCAUUGUAUGUGCCUGUUUUCUGACUGCGAGGAAAGACAGGGUAAGAGGUUCUUCCAGGAAGGAAGAGGAGAGAAGGCAGGCACAGUGACACACGCUUUAAUCCCAGCACUUAGAAAGCUGAAGCAGGCCGAGUCUGAGGCCAGCCUGGUCUACAUGGAGAGUUCCAGGGCUGUGUUCCAGCCCAUUUGUGUUCUGCUGGUGACAAGCCUGGCUUCGAGUGAGAAGUCUAGGGAAGGCCACAGGCAAAGAGAAGCCCUGCCUACCCCGUACCUCAGGCAGAUGGGACUGGAGGCGUGUGGGCUGCCUUCACUGCUGUCUGUUCCAACUAGACAGGCCAAGCCUGAAGCCGCCUUGACUGUUUCUUGUCACCUUGUGACCCAGGAGUUACGCUACGUGGCAACUACAGGAGUCAUCCACUGAGUAGUGUGGAGAUGUGGUGAGGGAAGAUACAAGAGCUGCCCCCAGGCCAAGGUCGGGCUCUGUAGUCAUAGUGGACUGCCAAGUCUCGGCUCCAGUCUGCUCAGACAUUCAAAUCAUAAACCCCACAACAGUGAGCUACUGGUAGCUUUCUCUGAGGCUUCUCGUGGCUUGGUGGUAGAGCUCAUUCUUAGCAUGGACAAGGCCCUGUUUCCCAAAAGAACUGGAUCUGGGUUUUCCAAGCCACCUCCCGGAACACUGGUCUGUGAUAGAGUACUGGUGGGUUUGUUUCUGAGAAGGACUAGUCAAACGUCAGGGUAUACUGAGGUAGUGCCAGAGCAGUUACUUCACAGGGAGUACCCACAACACUUUUCCCCUGGUCGUGAACAUUGCAGCUGUCUGAGAAGGCAUGUAGCAUCAGGCACGGUGGCGGGAGGAUCCUCCGAGUUCAGGGCCAGCCUGGUCUACAUCACACGCAUUCCAGGCCGGACAGGACUACUCAAUGAGACCUAAAAAACAAGCAAAAACACAAGUGUUAUAAGGAUGUGGAAAAAAAAAUUGGAUGUUUUCUGCGUUGCUGUCUGAAUGGUUGAGCUGUGGAAAUGUGGCAUGGUCCUGUUAAUGCCAGUACCAGGGGGCAAAGAGUGGCAUGUUCCAGCCUGAGCUGUGACCCUGCUUUCACACACAUGCUGCAGAGUAGUCUCUGAUGGGAGCCAUGCUCCUCCUGCGUGUGUGACAUACUUUUGGAAGGUCCUGCAAUGUUAAGACUGUAGGCCUCAGGGCUGGUUGUGGAUGUAGUUCAGUUGUUAGCGUGUUUGCCUAGCUCACACAAAGCCCUGCGUUUGAUGCCCAGCUCUGAAUCACACUGGGCACGGGGCACAUACCUGUUAUCCCAGCACUUGGAAGGUGGUGACAUGAGUUUAGAUCAUCCUUGGCCACAGGGUGAGUUUGAAGCCAACCUGGCUUCCAGGAGAUUCCUGUGUUCUAAGACAACAAAAACAGAUGGCAGGCUGCCUGUCUCACCUGUGUCUUGGCUUGAUUCUGGUGCCUCCCAGAGGUUAAGGUGCCCCUCUGGGGAGGAACGUAGUUUGAGGAGGUGCUGACUGACAGAGUGCCUCCGUGCUAGGGACAUAUCAUGAGGUUGGAACCAAAGACAGUAAAGGCCCUGGGGGGGGGGUUACCUCCUGUGUUCUGUCCCGCAAGAAGUUCUGAUGAAAGCUUGUACAUAGCCGGCCAGUGAUGGUGGCCACACACACCUUGAAUUGCAGCACAACCCUGCUCAGAGCACUGCAGCUGCCUCCACAGAGCAGGCCAUUAUAGUCUCAAUGCUGUUGUCUAUGAAGGGCGGUAAGAGGUUCUCCUGGGCUUUGGGGACAGUGAGGCCCUUAUCUGUGACAUGAUAACUGAUAAGGGCCCAGCCCAAGUGUGAAGGCUACUUCCCUCACACAUAGAUGGUGGGCUGUGAGCACAAGAGCACCCAAAUAUUCCAGGGGGGCUUCCUUAUCCUCAGGCUGUAGCCCUUUCCCUGGGUUGAGGGUCUUGAGACUAUAUCCCCAUGCUCUAAUUUGCCCUGAGGCCCAGGGUGUGGACAAGUCGCUUGAGUGUUGAGUGUCAGUGUCCUCUGUGAGGAAGGCAUUGUGGCCCUGCUAACACAACAACAAUCUUGCACGCCCUGGUCCCUGCAGUGAGUCAUUCUUAGAUGGACAGAUCCGAGACAGGACUGUGGGCAGCUCCCUAACCUUGACUGUUCUCUGAGGGGAGCCCACACGUGAGCAGCCAGACUGCAUUCUCAGGGAAAGCUUGAGUGUCAUUUUCUCACGUGGGGUGGAGGCGUCUGUGCUCUCCCGGUGUGGCUAAGGGGACCUGUAGGUAGAUCUCACCAACAGCAGUGUGUGUGACGUGCAGCAGGAACAGCCUCCGGGGCCCUGGAGAAAGGCGGACGGCACAGGGAAGGAGGCACCGCUUCCCUCCAGACUGACACUGACUUCAGGCGGCUGACCAUGCCGGCCUAGUGGCCAGGUGGGUGGGAAGGUCAGUCCUGCUGACCUCAGUCCCCUCAGAGCCUCUCCUACAGUGAAGCCUUACCUUCUCUUUGCCCAGUUGCCUACUUUUCUAGCUCUGACUUUCACAUUUGGUAAGAGGCUUGGCCAGAGAGCCUUGGGGUCAAAAGUCCCAGUCCUGGGGUAGCACUUUUUUAAUGACUGCCUUUUCAAAUGACUGCUUGGCCAGGCCUUCCUUUAUGUGUGCGUGUGUAUGUGUGUUUCUGCAUUGAGAACGAUGUGUAGGGGUGGCCUGUGUGCUGUAGAAUGUGUGUGCAUGUGUGUGCGGGUGCUGAGAUGUCCUGGUGUGUCUGUCUUGAGAGCAAUGUCUAGGGUUGCCUUGUGCUGGAAUGUGUCUGUGUAUGUGUGCGCGCACACAUGCUCUUGCUGAGAUGUCCUGGUGUGUCUGUCUUGAGAGUGAUGUCUAGGGGUGCCUUGUGCUGUAACGCCAGGAGGCAGAGGAGGAAAGGCCCGUUGUGUCCCUUUCUGUUACUAGGAGCAUCUAGGCAGGUCAGAAUCCAGGCCAUAUUAAAGGCCCAGCCCAAGCCUUAGGAUGAGGCUGAGGGUGUGUUCUGACACUCAGCAGGGUCAAUAGUGUCACUGAUAACUCAGCAGCUGACCUUGGCCCUUCCCUGUCGCUCUACUGUUCCUAGCCCCCAGCAUACACCUUGGCACACAGUAAGCACCUAAUAAACGUAUGCUGAGAAUGACUAAGAA